AGGCGCAAAAGGAUCUAGGAGGUCAGUGUUCCAGAAACUGGGACACGAAGGAAGGAACCAGAACUGACCGGCCAAAGAGCGGUUGGGGGGUGGAGACAAUCUCAGUGAGUGCCUUGGACUAGAUGGGGAGAGGGGCCGGACGACCUGGUCGGACUUGGCGAAUCGAACCACCCCCUCGUGAUGAACCCCAGCACAGCCGGGCGCCCCUGGAGGAGGAGGAAGCGGAAAGUCAUCCGAGGCACACGGUCCGGACACACGCUGAGCAACCCAGGGACCGUGUGGGCCGGGUGGAAGCUCGAUUUGAGAAGUUACAACGAUGGGUAGACCGGGACGAAAAGAAGAAAGUCUUGCUGAAUGGAUCUCCAUUCACUGACCGGGUGCAUGAGACCCCGUUCCUUAAAAGGGCAAAGCUUGAGGUCCCAAAAUUCACCGGUAAGGAGGAUCCGGAAGUACACAUCAAAACCCUCCACCAAAGCGACAGAAUGAUGGGUCUUACCGGGGACGAAAAGUGUUUGCUUUUCUUCCAAACACUCCACGGCCGAGCCACCGAGUGGUUUCACAACCUCCCGACCGGUGAGAUCAAUUCUUUUGAUGAACUGGCCGAGGUAUUCCAGGGGAAGUUCAAAGAAAAUUGUACCAAGAGGAAAAAAUUUACCUACUUGAGUACAGCCGGGCAGAGGGAGCACGAGGAUCUGACCAAGUUCCUCACUCGGUGGAAAGAUGAGGUUGAUAAGGUGGAGGAGAUUGAUGACAAAACCGCUAUGUCCCUCAUGGUCUCCGGGCUCCGUUCCGAAGAAUUGUACAAAGAAUUCUGCAGGAGACCUCCUCAGUCCUACCAAGAGGCCUACAACACGGCUUCGGAUUAUGCAGAUGCUGAGGCUCAGGUUUCUUCCAAGAGGGAAGCCGAGCAAGGCCACCCUAGGGGAAGGACUACCGUGAAGAAGGAAGUUGAACUGCCCGGCAAGGUAAAGGCGGAAGUGAUGGAGGUAAAACCUAUGAAGACAGAAAAGAGACCAGCCGGAGAGAAGCAGUGGACAGAAAAGUACUGCUCUUUCCACAAGACGAACUCCCAUAAAGCUGAGUGCAAUAGUGUUAAGGGGGUGAUAAAACAAAUUAUCGAGGUUGGGGAACUCGAUCAACAAUACCUAGCCCACGCGAAACAGAAGAAAAACCAGUGGAUUCGGCCUGAAGGACAACCGGCUGAUCAAAACAAAAAGAAGAAAGCAGCCGGUAAAGAGCACUUACAUAUGAUUUACGGGGGACCAGAGGGAGGAGAUUUUGCUUCUCAAAGAAAGAAGUGGGGGCGUGAACUCUACGUGGGGACAGUUGCCCUAGAUCCCCGGCAGAAGGAAACUAUACGGGAGCCGAUUACUUUCACGGACCGAGAUCUUCCCGCCACCGGGGAAGAUCACAAUGAUCCUCUGGUCAUAACCAUGGGCAUGGGUGGAGUUGACGUCUCCCGGGUACUCAUCGACACGGGCAGUAGUGUCAACGUUUUGUACCUAGAGGCCUUUGAGAAACUUAAGCUGUGCCAAACACGGCUUGAGCCAUUAAAAACUCCCCUAUCUGGGUUCACUGGGGACUCUGUUGAAGCCGAAGAGUCAAUCCUCUUAACAUGCGAACUGGGCACGGGGGACAAAGUUAUACAAAAGCAGAUGAGGUUCGUGGUGGUGAACAUCACAUGUGUUCACAAUGCCAUCCUGGGCCGGCCAGGAAUUAACAAAGUCUGUGGAAUCAUCUCCAUGGCCCACCUGUGCAUAAAGUUCUAUACACCGGGCAGUAUAGGACAAGUCAGAGGAGAUCAGAAGAAAGCCUGGUGUUGUUAUCUUGAUGCCGUGAAGAAGAUGACAAAGGCAUUCGAGAGGGUCACCCUGGUUUCUCAGGAGGAAGACCGGUCGAAGUUAGAACCGGGUGAUGAGACUGAGCAGAUUGUUCUCCGGGAGGCGUUCCCAGAGAAAAUGCCACUUGGACCAGUCCUCCACAACUCAACUUCUUCAGGAAGGAUGAUCAAGUGGGCAAUGAUGCUCACCCAGUUCAAAAUCGAUUACAAACCUCGAACCGUAAUCAAGGGCCAAGCCCUGGCCGACUUCCUGGUUGAACUGACCGGUCUGGAGCAUGAAGCGGGACCAUCCCAUACGAUCGAACCGUGGUGGGACAUGGCCGUUGAUGGGGCUUCUGGGCCGAAGGGAUGUGGGACCGGGAUAGUUUUUACUACUCCUAAAGGAUUCAAGAUCUACCAUGCCUUGGUUUUUAACUUCAAGCUUACCAACAUUGAGGCGGAGUAUGAGGCACUGGCCGGCGGACUCAGGUUAGCCCGAGCACUUGGUAUCAAGAGAAUGAAGAUCCGGUUUGAUUCAAGCCUAGUUGUCGGACAAGUUAAUGGAGAAAUGAAAGUAAAAGAAGAACGCCUCGCCCGGUAUAGUGAUCUAGUCCGAGCUCUUUUGAGAGAGUUGGAAGAAUUCUGUCUAACUAGGAUACCCCGGUCAAAAAACACUGAUGCUGAUAUGCUUUCCAAGUUAAUGCAAGCUUGCCUGGAGCAUGUAUCAAACUUGGCUAAAAUUGAGAUAUUGGACCAACCGAGUGCUGACCGGUUGGAGGUCGCGGCUGUUCAGCAAGGUCAGAGCUCGGCUGAAGAAGUGAUUGAAGCGGAUGAUGAGUGGAGAUACGACUUCAUGGAAUACUUGAUGAUCGGCUAGAAACCGGACGACGAAGAGCGGGCUAGGAAGUUAGU